GUUACUCAAAAAUUUGUAUAUCAUUCUCCAGAUUUCUGCUUUACUUUCUAUUUGGAAGAUCGAAGUGCUAUUGUAUUCUAAAAUAAAAUCGCCAGGAAGUCUUCCGCGAUGUCCGAGAUGGAAGUCACGGAAGGCAGUAACGAUUGUUCCAAUGAUUUAAUGCUUUUAGACCGCGUUUUUCUCCGACUUGGCAAUGCUGACACUGAUGAUCAACUGGAGAGCUGUCUCACGAGGUUUUUGCCUCCAGUUAUUUUGAAACUAUCGUCGCCUCAUGAACAGGUUCGAACCAAAGUGAUGGAGUUACUGGUCCAUGUAAACAAGCGUGUGAAGUGUCGUGCAGAUGUACAGUUGCCUGUGCAAACCCUUCUACAGUUGUAUCGGGAUCCUACAGCCAAUAGUUUUAUUAUUAAUUUCUCAAUUAUUUAUAUAACAAUGGGCUUUCCAAGAUUGCCUCGUGAUCAGCAGUUAAGUUUAGCACCUUCUUUACUGGAAGCAUUAGAAAACAAACCUCAGGGACAUCAAGAUUCGUUAUUAAUGCUUGUUAUGCCACUUUUGGGUGAUAUCAAGGAGGCUAAUUUAAAUUUAAAAGAGAAACCGAAGGUUGCUUCAUUGAUACUGAAGUUUGCAACGGAUGUUCUUUUGUUGCCAUACAGGGCCCUACCAAAUGCUGGCGAAAGUGACUUUCAGGUACCACCAGGAAUGAGCAUGAGGACCUAUAAGAGGAUUGUGGAUAAAAAUCAACUGAAUCCUAAUCAGUUGGAAGAGAUGAAACUUUCGAUAGUGAACUUCAUAAGCAAGGAUAUAUUCAACAAUAACGACAUUCUGCUGACUUUGAUCGUGUCUGCUGCUGACUCGCGGUUCAGUGUGGCUAAUCAUGCCAACAGCCCUUUGAUAAGGGUUAACAGUUCCGUGGAUUGGUCGCAGCCGGCCGUGGUGGCGCCACUUUAUUCGUUAUAUUUGGGUACUUGGGGAGGAUUGAAAGUGCCACCAGAUGAUCGCAAGGUUCCAGCAUGUACAAGACUGCGUCUAAAACUGAUACAGUAUUUGAACAAAGCAACCGGCCCUGCUAUUAUGUUCCCGCAUUGUGUUCAGGUUGUAUUUUCAUCAUUAUUUGAUCCGAAUACGAAUUCACGUCUACGAAACAGUGCACUCAUGUUUCUGCUCAACGUCAUCAAUGGUGGUGACGAGGCCCAACUGAAGAAAGUAGCGACAGUGUUUCUACAGGGUUUGCUCAAGUUAAUUCGAUCUGAAGAACAUGCCGAACACCAGCCCAAGGCUUACAUGUGCUUAGGCAGACUGGCAAUGAAGUGUCCUGAGAGUAUCAACAAUCAGUUUGCUUUACUGGAGGAGCUCGUGAAGAAGAUUCCGGAGGCGGUUCCUGAGAUGAAAACUGCACUCAGAGACGCGCUUCUGGAGAUGGCAGUCGCUUAUAAAAUCUCACCUGAAGAGAAGCCUGCAGCAUCAUCUACAGCCGAAGGUCCGAGUACAUCGCAGAGCAGUAAAAUGGAAGUGAACAAACCAGCGAGCCCAUUUGAUGAACCACAAGCCUUGGCGCUUUUUGCUUUACUUGACCACUACAUGCACAGCGACGAGUCCAUGAUACGCUACGUCGCUAUGAGAUAUUCGGCGACUGUGUUCCCGCAGGACUAUGUGCCCUCCAGAUACUUACUUCUGCUAGCCAGCGGUGACAGUCAAGAUGAAAUAUCGACUGAAGCUCUUAAAUGUUUAUAUGGAACAUCUCGUCCAAAUGAAAUUGAGGAUGUGGUCAACAACGUGUCAAGGAAGGAGACAGCUGUUGUUAAUAUAGAUGAGGAUACCUCUAAGAAAGAAAGGGACAGAACACAGGAAGUGGUGGAAUUUAAAGUGCCGAAAUUUAGAGACGUUGUUAAUUACAUAUGGGAGCAAAUGCAGAAAAGGAAGACGGGCUCCAAUUCUAAACAUAGAUUCGUGAUCGGAAAUCAAGUGUUGCAGUUUCAUCCGCUGACAUACCAGGAGAUUCUGAGGUACAUGCGCAUGUGCUUGAACAGAGAUGCAGACCUGCAGGACUGCUCGAAUCAUCCAAAUGGGACCUCGCCGCUCCUCACCAAAUACUUCUAUGACAACCUGCUCGAUACCGAAGUACUGGAGAGAUACUUAUCCAUGAUCACCACUAUACUGACAGCCAGUCCCGAAAUAAUGCCCUUAACUUGUUUCCUCGAUAUUGUCGGCUGUGUGCCAGAGAAAAUGGCCAGCAAAUAUGCCAAUUUACUGCCAUUCCUGAAGACUCUAUUUACGACUAGCACCAAGGAGGAGAUCAGAGAUACUGCCGCGGUGAUUUACGCGAUUAUCACAGUGAAUACAAGCGAUAAAACGGCGAUUGAAAAAGAGAUUACAGAGUUCGUGGUACAGGGACAAGGGAAUAAGAAUUUGGAAAGCCAAUGUGGAUAUCUGUGUGCGUUUGCGCACAUUUCUGAGAGGUGUGUCGUGAUGGUGAAAAAAGGAAAGUUUGGUGGUAAAGGUUUUAAUGCCGCGAAUUGGGAACCAUUUAAACAGGGUGUAAUAUGUUUAGCUAAUUAUUUAAUUAACCCGCAAACGCUACUGGUCAGCACAACAUGUUCUGCAAUAUCGUUACUCGCUCGCUGCACUGGCUUGCCGCUACCUAACUCCACUGCGAAACAGGACGCACUCAUGGAAACCGACAACCCGUUCAACAUCAACAAAAGUGAGACGGAAAUAGUGAACGAUGACGUCAUCACUAAAUUCGCAGUAGCAGACAAGUUGUUUAAAAUAGUGGGCAAUGCGAAAUUGCCGUCGAAAGUAAAAGAGAAAGCGCUUUACACGCUCGGUUUGUUAUGUUGCGGCGAGAGGUUUCCGUUCCCGAAGCAAAUUGUUAAAGGUUUCUUGCAGAUGGCUAAAGAUAGCAAAGAGUUUGAGAUUCACUUGCAGAUUGGUGAAUCUUUAGUCCUGUGCGUAGAAGGAGUUAACUCCAACGAGAAUAGAGAUCUAUGGACAGAAUUACCUAAAGAGGGACCCGAUAAAAUAACAAAUCAGGAGGCGUUGAAAGAAAAUGAUGAGCUACUUGAGUGGUUGCUGCAGGAGCUAUUCAAAAUCGGGAAACAUCCCCAUCCCCAUUCCAGACAAGCGACAAGUAUAUGGCUACUGGCACUGCUCAAAAACUGCCCGGAACGUGUCCCUAUAAAGAACAAGCUGCAAGUACUGCAGGAUGUCUUUAUGGACUUCCUUUCUGAGAAUAGUGAGAUAGUGCAAGAUGUAGCCAGCAAAGGUCUGAGUCUUGUAUAUCAGAACUCCGACGAGAGUCAGAAACAAGCUCUGGUGUCCCAGAUUAUAGAUCAGUUGACAAGCGGCAAGCGGUCUGUCACACAAGUCACGGAAGACACCAAGAUAUUUGAAGAGGGCCAACUGGGGAAAGCACCUACUGGAGGGAAUCUUUCCACAUACAAGGAGUUAUGUUCGCUAGCUUCAGAUUUAAAUCAACCGGAUCUGUUAUACAAGUUCAUGCAUUUAGCGCAUCAUAAUUCUGUUUGGAAUUCUAAAAAAGGCGCCGCGUUCGGGUUCCAGUCGAUCGCUCGCAGCGCGGGCGCGGCGCUGGCGCCGCAGCUGGGCCGCAUCGUGCCGCGCCUGUUCCGCUACCGGUUCGACCCCACGCCGCGCAUACAGAACUCCAUGGCCGCCAUCUGGCACGCCCUCGUGCCCAACACGCAUGCCACGGUACAAAAAUAUCAUAAAGAGAUAUUGGACGACUUGGUAGCGAACUUGACUAGCAACCAGUGGCGUGUAAGAAUGUCUUGCUGUAACGCUCUCGCUGAUUUGUUGAGAGGUGCGGCGAGCCUGCAGAGUUCACUAGACCAGCUGCCGACAGUGUGGGCGCAGCUGUUCCGCGUCAUGGAUGAUGUACACGAGGGUACUCGCAACGCUGCCACCUCCACAGCCAACGUACUCUCCAAGCUAUGUAUCCGCGCGUCGGACGUGAGUCAGGGCAAGGACGGAAAGCAGGUGGUGUCAGUGAUCCUGCCUGUGUUGCUCGACACUGGCAUUACGAAUCUCGUCAGGGAGGUCCGCAGCGUCAGCUUACAGACAGUUUCAAAACUAGUGACGGCAGCGGGCGAUAGCCUCAAACCCUUCUUAUCCAAGCUGAUACCUGCGCUGGUGGGUGCGGCAGGCGAGCUGGAAUCGGCCAAGCUUUCCUACUUGAGUACUGCGCUCGCCGACAGCGGCUCGCGCGAGUUACUGGACGACAUGCGCGCUACCGCCGCACGCCAUCACUACACCACCGACACCGUCGUUAAGUGCAUGCCCUACGUCGACAUCGAUGUAAUUAAAGAGAUGCUACCGAAGAUGUUAGAGCUGAUGAAGUCUCCACAACUGGGUACCAAGGUGGCGUGUUGCCACUUCGUAGUGCUGGCGGCACACUACCUCAGGGCGGAGUUGGAACCUGUGGCCGGGAAGAUCAUGUCCAAUCUACUGAACGGCACCUUCGAUAGAAACGCCACGGUUAGGAAAAAUUAUGCCGAAGCACUUGGUCAAGUGGCUGCAUAUGCGAAGCCUCAAUCAGCUGAGAAGUUGAUGAAGAAAUUAGUGAAUUUGUACGAAACAAAAGAGGACGAUAUAUCGCGGUCGGCAAUCGCUCUCACCCUAAAGUCAGUGGCCAAAGCCAAGAUAGAACACAUCAAAGACAACGAAGAAGUAUUGGCGCCUAUGGUCUUUUUGGCUAUGCAUGGGCCUAAGGAUGAUGAUUCAUCAACCGUGGAGAUGUAUGAGGAGAUAUGGACAGACAUAAGUCCAGCGCGGGAGAGCGGCAUUCGACAACAUCUUCCGGCGAUACGAGAAGAGAUAGAGAAAUCUCUCAACUCUAGUAGUUGGACGAAGAAGAUUCAGGGCGCGUACGCGAUAAUAACAGUGAGCAAGGAGUGCUCGGCGGGCGUGGGCGACCAGCGGCCUCCUCUACUGCGGGCGCUGCUGGCCGCCGCGCACGGGAAGACCUUCGCCGGCAAGGAACACCUCCUGCAGGCCCUUGCACAACUCUGCCAAGUAAAAGAAGGCGAGGCUCCUAUUCCCGCGUCGCUAGUGUCGGACUGCCUCAACGCGCUGGUAGUGGAGUGUCGCAAACAAGAGAUGGUGUACAAGCGGCACGCUAUCUCGGCGCUGGGGGAUGCGCUCGCGGCGACCGGCUGCGACCGCUUUAACCAAGUCUACGAGAUCGUGAAGGUCAUAUUGUCCAAGGACGAAUCAUCAGUUGGCAAGGAAUCAGAUGAGGAGGACAAUGAAGGUGCUCGACAGAGGAGAGAACAAUUGACUGCAUUAAAAGAAGCGGCUUAUGAACUCUUAGGCAAAGCUUGGCCAAAAGACCAAGAGACACAAGAUAAAUAUCAAGACGUGUUCUUUGAACAUUGCGCACAGUCGUACUCGUCGAGUUCAAGGUCGACGCAACUGGCCAUCUUGACGUCCAUCACGCGCGUAUUAGAGAGGCUCACCAUAUUGAGCACUGACGAGCCCAUGGAGACGGACAACGUGUCCACAAACAACAGGGAUAAGUCUAUAGCUAAUGUCACGGAGCAUAUUUCAUUCAUCGUCGAUUACACGUUGAAAAACAGCAAUCAAGUAAGGCACCGGAGAGACGCCCUGAAUAUAAUGGAAAUACUUAUAAAACAAUUAAAAGAUUUGAACAGAACAGUAGAAUUAAAUAAAUUAAAAGAAAUAUACCAGUGUUACGCUCAAGAUCUAUCAAAGGAUUCAUCACAUGAAAUUAGAACCAAAGUUGAUAGUAUCAAAGUUCAUUUUAAGUAGAAAAUGUGUAAUUUUUAUUUAUUCACAGUGGAAUCGUAAUAAUAAAAUGAAUUUAUAAAGAA